CAUUGUACUUGGGAAGGUCGGGCCAGGCAAACGGAAGCUUCAUCAGCUACGUACCUAACCUAGUAGGUAGGUGCAUUAUUACCAUUAUUACCAUUACAUACAUUGCAACUGCCAACAGACGGACUUCGACAUUGAAAACUCCAUCGUAAUCGAUUUUCGCAAACUCAACAUCUAUUCUUACUUCUAUUCUUUCCUCUCCACAUUAUCAUACAACACAAUCAAGCUUCGUUCUCAUCGCAUAUAUCACCUAACUUUUAACCUCUCCUACAACUCACACAGUCAACGCAAAUCAUGGCCUCCGACCCAGAACGGGAGAGCGCGCUCAAUGCGCUACGAGCUAAACUCAUCGAGUCGCGAGAAUGGGAAUCCAAACUGAAGGCUCUACGUGUAGAGAUCAAGGGGCUAGAGAAAGAUUUUAACCAGACCGAGGACAACAUCAAGGCUUUGCAAAGUGUAGGCCAAAUCAUCGGCGAAGUGUUGAAGCAGCUCGACGAAGAAAGAUUUAUCGUCAAGGCAUCUUCCGGACCCCGAUAUGUUGUAGGCUGCAGAUCCAAAGUCGACAAGGUAAAACUGAAGCAAGGAACUCGUGUGGCGCUCGAUAUGACUACCCUCACAAUCAUGCGCAUGCUACCGCGCGAAGUUGACCCACUUGUCUACAAUAUGUCGCUAGAGGACCCGGGCCAAGUCAGCUUCGCAGGUAUCGGCGGCCUGAACGACCAAAUUCGAGAAUUACGAGAGGUUAUCGAACUACCGCUAAAGAACCCAGAGCUUUUCCUACGAGUGGGCAUAAAGCCGCCCAAGGGUGUGCUACUAUACGGACCCCCGGGCACAGGGAAAACACUGUUGGCGAGAGCUGUGGCUAGUAGCUUGGAGACGAACUUCUUGAAAGUCGUCUCAUCUGCCAUCGUGGACAAGUACAUAGGUGAAUCGGCCCGUCUAAUACGCGAGAUGUUCGGAUAUGCUAAGGAGCACGAGCCAUGUAUCAUCUUCAUGGACGAAAUUGAUGCCAUCGGUGGAAGACGUUUCUCGGAAGGAACCAGCGCGGACCGAGAGAUUCAGCGCACUCUCAUGGAGCUGCUUAACCAACUUGAUGGUUUCGAUUACCUCGGCAAGACCAAAAUUAUCAUGGCCACCAAUCGUCCCGACACACUCGAUCCAGCUCUGCUCCGUGCCGGUCGCCUCGACCGAAAGAUCGAGAUUCCCCUCCCCAACGAGGUCGGUCGCCUUGAGAUCCUAAAGAUCCACGCCCAAAGCGUAGUUACCGAGGGUGAUAUCGACUUCGAGAGUGUUGUCAAGAUGAGUGAUGGGUUGAACGGUGCGGAUUUGAGAAAUGUGGUUACCGAGGCUGGUCUAUUCGCAAUCAAAGCAUACCGAGAUGCCGUCAAUCAAGACGACUUCAACAAGGCGGUGCGGAAGCUAGCGGAGGCAAAGAAACUAGAGGGCAAGCUGGAGUACCAGAAGCUAUAAGCCGUGACAUGACAGCGGCGCUGGCACGCAUUAUACAUAUGCUCGCCAGAACAGGUACUUGGGAGUAUAGGGGUAGUGGCAAAGCACCUUGAUAUGCCCCAAACCCUCUACCAGAAAGCAAGCAGAGAAGAGGUUUCUGAAACUGAAACCAUCACGAGAGACAAUGCUGCCGUCGUAGUUAGGUUAGUGGCAGUGGUAUCAUGGGGGGCGGCGCAAUUUUGCGUUCCCCUAGCCAUCCCCAACCCCAACACUAGCAGCAAGAUGGGAGAUAGCUAGGUAGAACCUCUCGGUUGUAAAAUAGCAGUGUAGAAUUGGCCGAGGCUUUCCCUCUCGUUGGGCUAGGCUUCGCUGGAAAAUACGACAUAUGGGAUUAUGGAUCCUUAA